UCAGUGGCACCCAACUAUAUACAUAUAUACUACAAAGCCCUCUUGGGUCUUGGCUUUCAUAGACCCGCGGCAUUGUUGGUUAGGAAUUAUCAGUGGAACACAGGCAAUUUCCAAAGAUUAUAAUCCGAAAAAAUUGAAACUACGCAAGAAAUAAACCAAUAUGAGUAAGUUCUUCACGACGGGUACGGACUCCGAGUCCGAUAGCUCAUCCGAGGAGGAGCAGGUACAGAGAGCGCCUGCCGCAACAUAUACUUUCAGUGAUGAAGAGGAAGAAACUAAACGUAUUGUUCGUCCAACGAAAGUAAAACGUUACGAGGAAUUGACCAAUCUGAUCAAACUGAUUCGUAACUACAAAAAGAUCAAGGAUAUGAGCAGUAUGCUAUCGUCAUUUGAGGAUCUCCAACGAGCUUACCAGAAGGCUAUAACAGUAAUAAUGAAGGAAGAAGGAGGUCAAACUCCGCGGUUCUACCUGCGAUGCCUCGUAGAGAUGGAGGAUUUCAUAAAUGAAGUGUGGGAGGAUCGUGAAGGCCGUAAGAACAUGUCAAAGAAUAAUUCCAAAUCUUUGACGUCUCUUCGUCAGAAGUUACGUAAAUACAACAAAGAUUUCGAGGAGGAAAUAGCAAAAUUCCGUGAGAAUCCUGAUCAGGAGGAUGACGAGGAGGAAGAAAAACAGGAGGAAUCUGCUGAAUCUGAAGAGGAUGAUGCCACUUCCAUGUUCAAAAAAUCAGAGCCAGCAACAACAGCAGCUGCACCGGACACUUCGAAAUUCAAGAAAACCCUAGCAGAUGAUGGGAGUGAGAGUGAGAGUGAUUGGGGUAGUGAUUCUGAUAGCGACAGUUCGAGUAGCGAUGAUGAUGGGCAGUACACAAAUAUUCGUGAGCGUUUCAUUAAAAAAGCAACGGACAAAGAUGAAGAUGAGGACAAGGCAAAACGCAAAGAGCAGCGUAAAGAACGUAAAGAGAAGGAGCGUAAGAAAAAAAGGGAUGAGGAUGAUGGUGAAGGUGAAUGGGAAACGGUUAAAGGUGGUUUGGUUGUUCCCUCAGAGAAACCCAAAAUGUUUGCUAAAGAUGCAGAGAUAAACGUACCAGCGGUUAUCAAAAAACUAUCUGAAGUUAUUGCUGCUCGUGGUAAGAAGAGGACAGACAGGAGAGAACAAAUUGAAUUGCUUCAUGAGCUUCAAUCUAUUGCUGAGACACACAAUCUCGGAGCUGCUGUAGCUGUCAAGAUUAAAUUCUCGAUUGUUUCCUCAAUUUUUGAUUACAAUCCAAAAGUUUCGGAUGCCAUGAAGCCAGAGUACUGGACAAAACUCCUCGAGAGAAUAACAGAAAUGUUAGAUAUGCUGUUGGCUACUCCCGAUAUGGUUAUUGCUGAGCAUAUAACUGAAGAUUCAGAAGAGUUCGUUAAUCAACCAUUCAAAAUUCAUGGGUGUGUUCUAACACUCGUUGAGAGACUUGAUGAAGAAUUCACCAAACUACUUAAAGAGUGUGAUCCACACAGUAACGAAUAUGUCGAAAGAUUGAAGGAUGAGAAACAAGUGGCUGGAAUUAUCGACAAAGUUCAGGAAUAUUUAGAACAUCACGGCAGUAGCUCUGAGUUAUGCAGAGUUUAUCUCAGGAAAAUUGAACAUCUUUACUACAAGUUUGAUCCUAAUGUGCUGAAACAAAAGGCCGGUGAAAUUCCGAAAGAAGUAGUUACUUCGGUCCAAGUUAUGGAGAAGCUGUGCAAAUACGUUUAUGCACAUGACAGCACUGAUCGUUUGAGAACUCGUGCAAUUCUAUCGCACAUUUAUCAUCAUGCUCUUCAUGACAAUUGGUUCCAAGCUAGGGAUCUGGUAUUGAUGUCUCAUCUACAGGAAACGAUUCAACACUCGGAUCCGUCAACGCAGAUUCUUUACAAUCGCACAAUUGCUCAUUUGGGCCUCUGUGCUUUCCGCCAUGCCAAUAUUAAGGACGCUCACAACUGUCUUGUUGAUCUUAUGAUGACUGGAAAAGUUAAGGAGCUGCUGGCACAGGGUCUCUUGCCUCAGAGGCAGCAUGAGAGAAGCAAGGAGCAAGAAAAAAUUGAGAAACAGAGACAGAUGCCGUUUCACAUGCAUAUUAAUCUGGAACUCCUGGAAUGUGUUUAUUUGGUUUCUGCUAUGCUCAUUGAGAUACCUUAUAUGGCUGCUCACGAGUUUGAUGCGAGGAGAAGAAUGAUUUCCAAGACAUUCUAUCAACAAUUACGAUCAAGUGAGCGUCAAUCCCUGGUUGGUCCACCUGAAUCUAUGAGAGAACACGUAGUUGCCGCAGCUAAAGCAAUGCGCAAUGGAAACUGGGCUGCCUGCAACAAUUUUAUAAUUAACGAAAAGAUGAAUGCUAAAGUAUGGGACUUGUUCUACCAGGCUGAUAAAGUGCGUGACAUGCUGACCAGGUUAAUAAAAGAAGAAGCCCUGAGAACCUAUCUCUUCACAUAUUCGCACGUGUAUGAUUCGAUAUCCAUGCCAACGCUUGCUGAAAUGUUCCAAUUGAAACGUGCAGUUGUUCAUUCUAUCAUCAGUAAAAUGAUCAUUAAUGAAGAACUCAUGGCUUCCCUCGAUGACCCAUCGGAAACCGUUGUUAUGCAUCGCAGCGAGCCAAGUCGUUUACAAUCCUUGGCCCUCCAAUUGACCGAUAAAGUUAAUAACUUCGUUGAUUCUAAUGAAAGAAUCUUUUAUAUUUCAGGCAAUUUCUUUUCACGAGGUGGAAAUCAAGGAAACUUCCGGGACCGUCAGAAUUACAAUCGACAAGGCCAGGACUGGGGUCGUCAGAGACGAGAUCGUGAUCGCAAUCGUGAGGAAAACCGCAAUUAUUGAGACGGAAAAGAAAUUAUUGCGAGAAGAAGAAUGAGUGGAUAACUUAUUUGAGUAUUUUUAUGCUCCGAUAGGUAAAUAAUAAGGAAAAAUGAAAACAAGAAAAGUGUCACUUUAUAUAAACAAUAUUCCAUAAUUAUUGUACUUUGAUCAGUAAUAUACAUUAAAUAGUCGAAAAUUUCUCUUCAAA